CACACCAGUUGGACGAGAAGACUGACUACACUUGACUGUUACACUAAGCAAAGAAAUACCGUCUUUCACCGCCACAAAAAAAACUAGAAGCAAGAGACCUAACAGCAUCAAUUGAGCCUCGUCCGCAAAAGAGAAAAAAAUGGUGGCAAGCAGCGGUAACGCGCGUGGCGGGGGUCCGGUUUCGCAGCCGUCACCGGAGGUUACCGCGUUGGCGACCGAGUUCCGGGAGCUGCAGAAACAGCUGCAGACGAACUACGAUUCGCGGAUGAAGCUGCUGACUCAGCAGGAGGAGAACCAGACGGUGGCGAAGGAAUUCGCGAUCCUGGAGCAGGUAUCCUGUGCAAAAGUAUCGUACUCGUACUAAUUGCAGAUAUGCAUAAAAAAUCCAACUUUCUACCUGAAAUAGCACGACAAAUUCAUUGCAUUUUUGUUCUUGGGAAAGUUUGUAAUGCAAUUCAUACUAGGUAGUACGAUUACUUUUGCAGUGCAUAGUAUGACGGUGUGGUCUACAAGUUGAUCGGCCCCGUGCUGGUCCGCCAGAACCUGGAGGACGCGAUAUCAGAAUGAAAAAUCCCCCCUCUCCAUAUCAAAACGAAGUUUCUGAUGCUGGAUUUGCGUACACAAAUCUGAUUUGUCUUGCUGGCGAGGACUGCGGACCCAUGUUAAGCCUGAGGAGACAGGUUUUGGCCUUGGCGCUUCGCAUGACAGACGUCUAUGCUGUAGGUGCAACAGCAUGACAAACCGCUUGUAGAAUGCGGCGGAGCCUGUGGAAUUGCCUUCAUGUAACACAGAGACGAUUUGUGGUCACAAAUUAGCAACACAAAUUUUCGAAAACGUGCCUUGUCAAUAUGGGGAGGGGGGAUUUUUCCUUUUGAUACGCGAAGGGGAACGUGGACAAGCGACUGAACUACAUCAAGGAAGAGCUCGACCGAGCGGACAAGGUCAUCGUGGAGCUGGAGAAGGACCUGGAGGGGAAAAAGGUCAAGCUUACGGACCUCAUGUCCGCAGGAGGUGCCGCCGCACCCGCGACCCAGCCUGCCAAGUGAGAAACCCAAAUCAAAAUCAGCCUGCCAAAGUGGAUGUAUAAAAUGGUUCUUCCAUAAUCUACUUAUACCGCCUGGUACGCCGGUCAUGUGGAGGGAGAAUGAGCAAGAGCCAAGCGAAGCGAGCUCGUUUGAUGAUCAGGUUUUUUUCACAAAGACGACAAGAUUUAUUGCGACUACACAUGUACUACGACUACGUAACGCAGGCCUGACGGCAGGUGGCACAGAGACGCUUUAUCACUCCACGUGCCUCAAGAGGAGCAGAAAGUAGAACCUGUUGUGAUGUCUGCCAUGAACACAUUCAUAAAAACGGCAGAAGUGGUAGCAGCACACUCCAG